GUCACUAUAAUCCAUUAAUAUUGUAAUUAUUUUUCAACUUAAAAAACAAUUGUUAGCUUGUGUGGCGCAAGCUGAACUGAUUUAAAAUUGACAUAAGAAAACUCUUUGAUUUUUUCUGUAAUCGGGUGUAAAACGAAUUCCGUUAGUGGGUGAUGCAAGAUUUACAGCAGAUACUACUCUCCCUGAGGAAACUGAAGACGCAGGCAUUAUGAAAUACUAGACAGCUAUAUCAGAAAGAACUAAGAAUAAGUUAAUAACGAGACUAAUGGCAAUAAGUAUUGUAGUCGAUAGACAUAUUUAUAAAAACGAGCUAAUUUCAUCACAACAAGCCGAGGAGUUUCUUGAUGAAGUGACAUCACUUAAACUUCUAUGUGAAGGAGACGAGAGAUCGCUUCAGGUUAUCGACAAGCUCCAGACAUUCAUGAAGAUCAUAAUAAACGAACAGUCGCCUGGUGAUACAAGUGUAACAAAAAAUAACAACAAUACGAGAAAUUUAACGCCAGUUCAGACCAAUGACAGCAACUCCAAGGAAACUCCACUCGCUGAACUGCAAAGAAAAUGUACUGAUUAUAUAAACCCUACCUCUGUUAAUGUUCAAAUUUUGGAGAAAACACGAAGCAUCCCCAUACUGUUGGAACCAGACACAUGUGAAGAGAUUCACAUUUCAUCAGACGCGUGCAAUCUCGAUUCCAUUACCAGACAGAAUUUAAAGAGCAUAGAAAAUUUCGAAAAUAAUUUACAAGACGCUUGUCAUAAUGACGUUCGAGUGAACGAACACACGGAAUCGAAUACGCCAAACGUAACACAAUACCAAAAUUAUCCUUCAGCCAAAGAAAACGUCGUUUCUAUAAAACAGAGUCAAAUAGAUUCAGAAUUAUCAGACAAUAACAAGAGCAGUAGCAUCAAUAUGAAAGAUAUCAAUUCAAAAAACAAAAUGACAAAGAGAUCAAAACCAAAAAACAAAUCUAGGACCGAUCUCUCGUGGAUAGAAAAUAUUAGGUUUGUUAGGGAGAUAUGUGCCGACGAACAUACACAUACAGACAUACAAGAUAACUUUUGGACAGACUUGUCCCUGCCAGACACAUGCGACUUCGACGAUAAAUAAAACAACGUUCGAAUCGGAAAAUUUUAUUUGUAAUUUAACACUAAAAAUUGCGUUCAAGCAAAUACAUUUAUUUAAAUCUCAUUAAAACAUUGAACAUUAUUCAUUAAUUAUUAUCAAUUAUUAAAAACUCAUACAACGAUAAAAUUUAUUACAACUUACACUUAUAAAGGCCGAUAUCGUUACGAUGAAAAACGUAAAAAAAAAAAUUCAAUAAAGGGAUAU